AUGUCGGAAGCCAGUUUUGAGCAGGUUUCUGAUGCCAAAACGGAGGUGCUUGAAGGAGCUGCGACAACGGAGGAGCUCAGCGAUGUGGUUUUGGACUUUGGCGUGGACUCCAUGCCCGCCAACUCUGUUUUGCUUCGAAUGGCUUCUCCUGUGUUCAACCGCAUGUUCCAGAGCGGUAUGAAGGAAGCCCAGCAAAGCAUCAUCAAGGUGGAUGUGGCCGGCAAGGAAGAGUUCACGAUCUUCUACAACUUGCUAGGGCCAGUGGCAUGGAACGCCCGUAAAGUAACCAAGGAAAACGUUGACACGCUGCUUGCAAUCAGCGACUACUACCAGGUGGAGACCAUCAAACAAACCUGCGAGGAUUUGCUGCUUGAUCUUCCGCCUACUGGCACUCGCCUUCUGCAAGCACACCAACACUGCUUAAAAAGACAGUACCAAAGAUGCAUCCAUGAGUUGGCCAAGAAGAGUGCGAAGGAGGACUUGGAGGUAAUCUGGUCGCAGCCGGAUGUAUUUUUUGAGUUGACGCUCAAAAAGCAAGACAUUUUGAACCGCGUCAUGGCGACGGAGGCCGACAUUCGCAAGUGCAUGGUCUCUUUCGAGAAGUAUCUGGGAACCAUGGCUGCUUCUCGGUUCACCGAAGGGGCGAAAUUCUCGCAGUCCCACGCCGAUCAACUGUCUGAACUUACGAGGGCCCGAGAGCCUGUGAAACGGUUGCUCGAAAGGCUGCUCAAGGAAUUGCAGUAA